UGGCCCCGCCCCCCCAUGUGGUUCCUGGAGAGAGUCGGCCGGUCCCUGGAAAACUUGGCCACCCCCGUCGACGGCGCCAAGCGGCAGCAGCGGGGGCGGGGGCUCAGGCUCCUCGGUCACCCCAACGUGCUGACGCCGGACAGGAUCCCCGAUUUUGUCAUCCCCCCGUCCUCCCCCUCCCCUGGCGGCCUCUGCCUCAUCCAGGUGGAGAGUGCGGACCCGGACCUGGACCUGGACCCGGCUUCCCAGGACGGCCCAGGCCGGGUGCCCCUCCGAGCCAACCCGGCCGAGAUCGUCCGCCUGCCCGAGAGCCCCCACACCCGGCGGAAGGAGUCCCUCUUCCACGCCCGGGGCCCCCAGUGGCGCCUGGGUCUGGGUCCGGACGGGGAGUCCGAGGCCUCCUCCACCUCCGCCUCCUCGUCGUCGGCCGAGUCCACCCCCUACAGCUCCCCGCGGGCCGGACGCUCCCCGGGUUGGCGGGGCCUGUCCGCUAGGCCCGGGGUCAAAGGUCAGGCCCUCCUGGCCCUCCCAGGCCCCGCCCCCACCGCGGAUGACGUCCUCCCCUCCCCCGGCCCCUCCCUCAGCCCCGCCCGCACCGUGGAUGACGUCCUCGCCUCGCGCUGGCCCCGCCCAGCUCGCGAGAGCUGGGUGGCCCUGGACAGCGGGGGCGGCCUGCGCCUCUGGGCCGAGUACGCGGCGGAUGGCCGGCGCCACCCGAGGGUGAGGGUGAGGCUGGUCAGCGGCCACGGCCUGUACCCGGCCUCCUUCGCGCCCGGGGCCGUCAGCUGCCGGGUAGCCCUCUGCCUCCUGCCGGGCGAGGCCCAGAAGCAGCGCAGCGCCGUGGUCAAGAGGAGCCGCAGCCCCGUCUUCAACGAGGACUUCUUCUUCCAGGGCCUCACCCGGGAGGACCUGGCCAGCCGGGCCCUGAAGGUCAAGGUGGUCAACACGGGCUGGGGGGUGAGGAGAGACCGCGUCAUGGGGGAGAGCCAACUGGGCCUGGCGGCCAUUUUACCCCCGGUGCCCACUUUAAACAGUGGGUGAAGGA